AUGUCAGAAGCGAUUGUGCCGAUCGCCACAGAGCGUAAAGGGACACGAGAAAACGUGAAGGCGGGUCAAAACUGUGACAUAGGUGCUACAGUAGUUGACAACAGGGUCCAGAGAGGAGUCGAAAGAGGCGAUGUUGUCGUUGAAGAUGGAUCUCCUCGGGGAACUGAACACAAGCUGCCGCGACGAGUGGAACCCAACUACUUUUUCAAGACCCUAGUGGAUCAUGAAGUCACCGUCGAACUGAAGAACGAUAUCCAAAUCCGCGGCACACUCAAAUCCGUCGAUCAAUACCUGAAUAUAAAGCUGGAUGAUAUUCAAGUGGUAGAGGAACUCAAGUAUCCACAUCUGUCUUCGGUGAAGAAUGUUUUCAUCAGAGGAAGUGUGGUCAGAUAUGUACAUCUGCCAGGGGCCGCUGUGGACACAGCUCUUUUAGAAGAUGCCACACGGCGAGAAGCAGCGCAACAAGCAUCCAAAGUGAAGUAA